AUGUUUACUACACCUCCAUCCGGUGUCGAGAUCGAGAGCGAGAAUGAGCAGCCAAUACAAGACUCAAGAAGGGCGUACACCUCGGUCGGUAUCAUCAGCAUCGAGACCCAGCAACUGAAGAGACGCUUAACGCGAGGCACUCUCGACAUACCACCCGAUGCCAUCAACCUCCACGGCGCAUCUGCAGAGGAGCAGUAUCGUUACGUUCUAUCCCAACUUGACGACCUUUAUGCACUCUAUGACUCUCGUCAAGAGCGUGCAGAUGCGGAACGGGACAAAAAUCCAGUACAGUGGCCCGUCGAGAGGCGCAACAAUGUCAAGGUGAUCAUGGCGUGCAAAUGCCGUAUAGCUGUCCAAAAGCUGAACUCCAUUACUGGCAAGCGACUCAACUGGCACCGUGGUAAGCCCCAUGUCAGACCUGCAAUGAUUCGAUGCUAUGAUCCCGGCUGUACUGUUGCAGCAGGAUGGCACCAUGAGGCUUGCCUGUCUGAGGAAGAGCGACGGAACAAAGACAACUUUCAUCAUUUCGUAUGCUCUGCAUGCAUUACGCGCCGUCUCUUCGAGGGGUUUGAAGAACUUUAUUCUUCUUCUCUGCGGGAUGACAACUACCAGCGUGUAGUUCGGGCUGUGUGUAUUUGGAGGAGGAAGGAGAAGGCUGACGGUGCCCAGCCCCCACCACCGUCGGCCGUGGAUAGAUUGUGGUCAACAGGGUCAUGA